CGUGAGGUCAUUCGGCAUUCCCUCCGACUCGGACGAACUCCCUUCUCAUACAGCCAUGUCGUUUAAAGCGAGGGCCCUGCUCGGGUACCUGGGCUGCUGCUCCUCACUCAAAGCUCUCCUGCCGAAGAUCCCACAACACACCUUGAUCACAACAAGCUCCAUGCAGCUAUCAUCUAUCCUACCAUGUCUCUCGCACAAAAUGAUUAUGUCGUGAAACUCCCUGUCACCCCCUUAUCGCCCAGGGCAUUGGACGUCCGUUUAAUUGCUCAGCGGUGGAUCACAAACCUGGAGGCUCUCCUGAGAAAAGGGGAAUACUCCCGACUUACCGAGCUCGUACAUGAAGAGUCUUGGUGGCGUGACAUGUUAGCAUUGGAAUGGGAUUUCCGUACGAUCCAUAACCGCAAUGCCAUACAAGCAUUUCUUCAGCAAAACCAGCCCCGGUCUCAGAUUUCGGGAUUUCGGCUGCAACAUGAAGGCAAAUUCCAACCUGCGCUCGAAGACCCGGCCGAGGGUCUGAGGUGGAUUUCUUCAAUGUUCUUCUUCGAGACGCGUGUCGGACGCGGCGCGGGUGUUCUUCGUCUGACUCAGGAUGAGGCGGGCACAUGGAAGGCUUACGCGAUCUAUACUGCCUUGCAAGAGUUUAAGGACUUUGAGGAGCCACUUGGUACAAGACGAGCCGAGGGGACAAUUGAGUCGAUGCCUGGGGGUCUCAGUCAAGGGAACUGGCAGGAGCGACGGCAAAGGAAGAUUGAAUUUCUGGACGACGAGCCAGCCACACUUGUCAUCGGCGCCGGCCAGGCUGGCCUCAACACAGCUGCCCGCCUUGAAUCUCUAGGUGUCUCUUGUCUGGUUGUUGACCGAAACGAAAGAAUUGGGGAUAACUGGAGAAAGCGAUACCGAACGCUUGUCACCCACGAUCCGGCAGAAUUCACCCACAUGGCCUACCUUCCGUUCCCAAAGAACUGGCCCCAGUUUACCCCUAAAGACAAGCUUGCUGAUUGGUUCGAAGCCUACGCAAGUAUCAUGGAGCUGAACGUAUGGCUCCGAACUAGCAUCAAAUCUGCGACAUAUGAUGAUGCGAAGGCGGAAUGGACUGUUGUUAUCGGUCGGGGCGACGGAUCCGAGCGAACCCUUCAUCCACGCCAUUUGAUCUGGUGCACCGGUCAUUCCGGCGAGCCAAAGGUUCCCACAUUCCCAGGCCAGGAGCAGUUCAAGGGAUCGGUCUACCACGGUAGCCAGCAUCAAGAUGCCUCCGAAAGCAACGUGAAAGGCAAGAAAGUGGUCGUUGUUGGCACCGGAAACAGUGGACAUGAUAUCGCUCAGAACUUUUAUGAAAAUGGGGCAGAAGUCACUAUGCUUCAACGGAGUGGCACCUACGUGGUUACCGCCGAGAAAGGUGUCUUCAUGAUGCAUGAAGGCCUCCAUGAAGAGAAUGGACCCCCUACGGAAGAAGCAGAUAUCAUUCACGAGAGUCUACCAUACCCCGUGAAAUUCGCGUUGGAUGUCAAUUUCACCAACAGAGUGUACGAAGCGGAGAAAGACAUUCUAGAAGGUCUGCGAAAAGCGGGCUUCGAACUCGACUUUGGCGUGAAUGGAGCAGGACUUUUGCGGGCUUACAUGACCCGCGGCGGAGGCUAUUACAUCGACGUUGGAUGCAGCUCGUUGAUCGCGGAUGGCAAGAUCAAGGUUAAGCGCAGCCCCGAAGGAAUUACUGGCUUUAACGAGCGGAGUCUAUUCCUGAAGGAUGGUAGCUCUCUCGAUGCAGACAUUGUUGUUCUUGCUACCGGGUACGACAACAUGCGCACCACUGUGCGUAAAACGCUGGGUGAUCAGGUAGCCGAUCGAUGCAAAGAUGUCUGGGAUCUUGACGAUGAAGGUGAAGUAAACGCGAUGUGGCGCCCCAGCGGCCAUCCGGGCUUCUGGUAUAUGGGUGGAAACCUCGCUCUCUGUCGCAUCUACUCGAAGUUCGUGGCCUUGCAGAUAAAGGCUAUAGAGGCUGGUCUCGUAGCAAGCUCAACCUAAGCUGUGACUGAUUCUAUUCGAUCAAUCAAGCGGCUUCUCAUAGAUGAAGCAAGGCGAGACUGUUAAUGACUAGACUAGAGAAUUGGUAAGACAUAUUUUGAUUUUUAAGUAGUUUUCCAAGUCACUGAACAUUGGUAUGGAUCCUCAAAUGGUCAUUCUGCCUUCGAAAUCUUGUAUCUGGCGUAAUCGAAAGCUUCAUUACUAAUUCCUGCCACCAAGAACAAGGUCUACGUCAUGCUAAGACUGUCACUGCUAUCUGUGUACGUCGGGCUCCGGGUCCUUGGCGUCCCGAGGCCCGAACAAGCAUACGUUACCUGCGACUCGACCACCUCCACCGCUGCAUGAU